CACAGCUGUUUCCUGUUCAUUGUUGUUGUUUGAACUUUAAAUUUUUUUUCUGUUUCUUAAAAGUCAAUAUCAUCAUCGUUGUGUGUGUGUGUGUGUGUGUGUGUGUGUGCCAGGGUACAUAGAUACAAUUGUGUGAAAUGUGCGAGUAAGGGUAAGAAGGGAGAAGUAGAACAUUGAGCUAGCUGGUAGAAAGAAAAUGUGCGAGAAGGGACUAUACAAGGAGGUCUGCCAAAACCAAGAGAAAAGAGAUAAAGAGGUAUAUGGGUGGUAUGUAUAUCAGAAGGAGAGAAAGAGAUGCGAGUGAGUGCUUGCUGUGUGGUUGAGUGACUUGCUGUUGCCAAAGGAAUAGCUGAUUUGGGAGAGGUCGGUGUUGUUGUCAAUGUUUGGGGUGCGACAGCAAAACAAAGAGCAAAGGGAUCGAGGGGAAAAGGGAAACAGAAAGAAAGUAAAAGAGGUAAGGAGUUGGCUAAUAACAAAGCAUCAGCGUGAGAGUACCGUCAUCGUUUUGCUUAGUGUUGAUCGUCAAAUCCUGCAUUUCGGGAAUAUCCUGAACAACGGUGUCAUCCAUGUGUACGACCAAGUUUUCUUUUUUGGCAACUUGGCGAACCACCUGAGUGAUCUGAUUCGGGUCAAUGUCCAUUUUGGCACUGAGCUUGUCUUUGAGAUCGUCCACCGUGAGCUCGUCAAGAUACACGGCGCGAUGGAGUCCAUCCUCCUCCGUGUUGGUGAACUUUGCAAAGAUGCCGAGUUCUACAACAUGCAAAACGUGUAUGAGUCCACUGUUGUGUGCAAUACUGAAGAAGGAUAUACUACACUUACUCGCCACUCUGCGUCGUCGUUGCGGGACAUAGGUUGGAUCAUAAUCGAGGGAAAUAGGCGGUGGUGGCAUGCCCGGAUGAUGAUGCAUGAAGUACGGGUUGGGCGUGCCAGGCGACAUGGCUGGUGCGCCUACAGCUGCCAUGGCCGCUGCUGCCACACUUGGGUCCGUAGACGGCGGUGUCAUUAACGGGUGAGAAUGGUAGGGCCGUUUCAAGCCUGCUGUGGCACUGCCAUUCAAGCUACCACCAGCACUCAAAGGCGGCG